AUGGAAGACAUUAAUUAUAAAAGUAAUAGCUAUAUCUAAUUUUAAGUUGUAUUAUUAGGGGAUGCAGGAGUAGGAAAAACCUAUAUAUUAAAUUAAUAUGUGAGAGGACAAUAACCAAGAAACAAUUUACCCACUAUUGGUAAAAAAUUAUAUUAAAAUAAGGUAGGUAUCGAAUUCGCAACAAAAACUGUGACAUUAUAAGAUGGAGGAAAGAUAUAAGUUUAAAUUUGGGAUACAGCUGGAUAAGAGAGAUACAGAGCUAUUACAAAAAAUCAUUUUAGAGGAGCAGGAGGUGCUUUAUUAGUUUAUGAUAUUACCAAAGAAAAAACAUUUGAAAAUUUAACAAGAUGGAUGGAAGAACUAAAAACAGCAGCUAAUAAAGAUGUUGUUAUGUAUCUGGUUGGUAAUAAAACUGAUUUGGUUGAAAGACAAAACAAUUCAAGGAAGGUCACAAAGGAAGAAGGUUAAUUAUUUGCUGAAAAAAAUGAAUUAUAUUUUGAAGAAACAUCUGCUUAUAGAGGAACCAAUAUUGCACAAUGUUUUGAAAAAUUAAUCGAAGGUAUUACAAAAAUUAAUAUUACUAUAGAAAUGUAUAAAAAGAAAAAUUUAUUAGUAACAUAAUAAUAAUAAGAAUAGAACACAUAAUUGAAAGCUAUCGAAACUCCUAUGUGCAGCAAAUGCUGA